CAAUACUUUGUUUCUCACAUUAAUUUUGUUCUUUAGCCUCCGUCUCUCACUUAUAUAAGUAAUAGAUAGAGGCUUCACGUGAUAUGGACGUUUGACUUGCAGCGGGAACUCAACUUGAAAGUUGCGCCGUUCUUGUGCGAUGCCGACUCCGCUACUGGUCGUGGGCAGCACUGUCCGCGACUUUUGUAUGCUAGAGCGAAAUUUCUUGUCACAUAUCAAACUUGUCCUAUUGUUAUUGCUCAUGUUUGCCUCGGCGUUGCUUGGAAUCCGUCUCCCUGGACCUCCUGGCACGGGACAGUCUGAGAGCUUGGGGUCUUUCAGUUUACCCCUCGCGAUUCUUCAGUUUAUCGCUGCCUUGCUUACAAUCGCUGCAGCGUACUGGGAGUAUCACACAGGUCUAGAUGACCUGAUGAAAGUCAGAGCCUUUGUUGUACACAGAGUACACCAUAUCAUUAUGGCAGCUGUCACUUUGAUUAUCAUGGCCACCUGUAUCAUAUAUGUGGUCAAUAGCAGUUAGCGCUUGCAGCGCCAUUUCUCGUGAGAAGGAAUUGAAAUUCACGAGAGUAUGUGACCCAUAUCUUCGUGUCAUCAUUCCCGCGAUAUCAUCCUUCAAAAUUCUUCGCACAUAACAAUCAAGUGUCGUACAAAACUUGUUUCACUUUGUUGUCUUUGCGUCGGUCGAUACACGUCUCAAUGAAUGUUUCGGUGCAUUCUGAUACCUCUCACGCUCUUGUAUACUACACUCAGCUGUAUUCGGUACAUCAUUUCGAACUCUGAUGACAGACUA